UGUGUUACAAAACACUUUGGUUGCCCAAAAUUUACAACAAGCGAAUAGGAUCGCAUUUACUAAUACGCGAUGGCGCGUAGUGACGUUAAGUGGUCAAUUGAUUGAUAAAUCUGGCACUAUGAGCGGAGGAGGUAACAAAGUGUUUAAAGAAGCCAUGA